CAGAUAAACCUAAACAUGAACUCCACAGCGUAAGGUUUCGAAUUCCAUCAAACGUUGGAGCCACGAUUUAGGACUACAAGCUCUGCUGCUCUGGCACUCAGAGAGGGAACAGGUUUUUACCCUGAUUGAGGUAUCUAUGUCUUUACCUGAUUCCCCCCCUCUCUCUCUCUCUCAACAUUGGAUCCUCACUUUGUUUUGAGUUGAACAACCAUGAUUCUAAAUGGUUGCAUCGUAUCCCAAGGGCGUGCUCCUGUGAACAUUUGGCCAUGCAACGCUUCUCAGGUGGCUGCUAAGGUUGCUCUCUCAAACAUCCGGAGUUCUUGGGGAUGCAGUUUGCAAUGUAAAUCCUGGUCGCCAAGAGGAAUGACAUUCUCAAACAUGUCCGCUGCAUCAAGCCUACUUUUAAGUGGGGGUCAAAAUCUUAUAUUUCGUACAAUCCCUGUGUUACCCAGGUUGCGCAGGUCUUAUAUGGCCCCUCGAGCUUCGAAGGAUGUCCCAUCCAGCUUCCGUUAUCCCCCAAUGAUGAAAAAACCAAGAUGGUGGUGGAGAACGUUAGCAUGCAUCCCUUACCUCAUGCCUCUCCAUGAGACAUGGAUGUAUGCUGAGACAGCAUAUAAUCUUCACCCAUUUUUCGAAAUCUUUGAAUUCUAUACAUACCCUUUUCUUAUGGCAAUUGGGAGGCUUCCUAGCUGGUUCCUCAUGGCAUACUUUUUUGUUGCGUAUCUUGGAAUUGUGAGGAAAAAAGAAUGGCCUCAUUUCUUCAGGUUUCAUGUUGUGAUGGGAAUGUUAUUGGAGAUUGCCCUGCAGGUUAUAGGGACUGUGAGCCGUUGGAUGCCACUAUCACUCUACUGGGGUAAACUGGGAAUGCAUUUCUGGACUGCUGUAGCAUUUGGUUAUCUUUUUACUGUCUUGGAGUGCAUAAGGUGUGCUCUUGUGGGUAUGUAUGCUGAUGUCCCUUUUGUCUGUGACGCAGCAUAUAUCCAAAUACCAUAUGAUUAAGGAGGAAGAUGUAAGGAAGUUUACCUUUACUUGUCUUUUACUUUUUGUUGUAUCAGAGUUUUUGUUGAACAGAACUGAAGAAUGAGUAAUCUGUUUGAGAUUUCCCUUACGUACAUUUUGUGUAUUUGGAUUGAGUUUAUCUGUA